CAUUACUGUCAAAAACCGAAGUUUGAUUGACGAAACGUCAAAAUUGUUGUGAAAUUUUUAUCCUGUUCAAAGGUUUGGUUUUAGUUUUGAAUAAACUACAUACUUAUUCAAGAUGAACAGAAUAUUCGGAAGAGGAAAGCCUAAGGAACCUGGCCCUAGCAUCAAUGACUGUAUCAGUAGUGUGGAUAGCAGGGCAGAUAAUAUUGAGCAGAAAGUCCAGAAGCUGGAGAAUGAACUUAGGAAAUACAAGGACCAGAUGAACAAGAUGAGAGAGGGGCCAGCAAAGAAUUCAGUCAAACAAAAAGCUAUGAGGGUAUUAAAGCAGAAGAAAAUGUAUGAACAGCAGCUUGAGAACCUCAGAGCGCAGUCCUUCAACAUGGAACAAGCCAACUAUGCUACGCAGACACUCAAGGACACGCACGCCACUGUGGCAGCCAUGAAGGAUGGAGUCACACAAAUGAAGAAGGAGUUUAAGAAGAUCAAUAUUGAUACCAUUGAGGAUGUUAACGAUGAGCUUGCAGACAUGUUGGAGCAGGCUGAUGAGGUGCAGGAAGCUCUGGGCCGCCAGUACGGCAUGCCGGAGAUUGAUGACGAUGAACUGGCUGCCGAAUUGGAUGCUCUCGGUGAUGAAAUAGCCCUUGACGACGACGCUUCCUACCUGGAUGACGUAGUAAAGGCUCCCGCUGCUCCCGACAAGGAGCCAGGAGCCGACAGCAUUCGUAACAAGGACGGCGUUCCCGUCGACGAGUUCGGCUUGCCCCAAGUACCCAGCGCGGCACAAACUUCACGUUGAUAUGACGUCACACGGCACAGGUAAUAUAGUCUAUAGAUAGCUUUCGUUCUAUUCGCUUUUUGAAAUGGACUGUCGUGAUAGUGUAUGGAACCUCUUUUGUUUUUAUUAUUACUAUUUUGUUUCAACAUUGAAGUAGUUUUGUAUUGUUGUGUAGGUCUGUUAGAUUUGUUUAUCUAUGACAGGUCAUGUGACAUAUUGUUAUUCUCUUUCUAGCGCUUAGUAAAUGGGGUAGCGCUGUCUCACUUUGAAAUGCUCAGUUAAAUACCAUAGACACUAGUCACUGUAGUUCUGGCAACUUUUUUUUCGUACAUAUAAAAUCUGUACAUAUAUCUCCUUAUAUGUACAGAUUGAACACAUAUGCAAUCAAUGUUGCGCCAUAUAACGCAAAAUUUCGCUAUGUUAAGUCUAACAGACUUACUUUUAUUUUAUUCAUGGUCAUAAAAUCAUUGAUUGUUUCCGUACUGCAUCUGACAUAAUAAUAUAAUUUUAAUUGUAUGUUGUAUAAUACUAAACGCGUAGAGCAUUCUGAGUUCACUUUGUAACCAAUUUUAUAUUUUUAAUAAUGAUAUUCAGCACUAAUUUGUUUUAAAAUUUAAUUUAAUGAAUACCUCACAUCACCUUAGCAGCAUUCGAAUUUAUAGCUUUUUCUUGUUGCUGUAUUAGAAUAGAAUAUAUAAAAAAAACGUUAAGAUUUAUGCAUAUUAUUAAAAUUAAUAAAGUAUAUAUACCUAAUACGUAUUUGCAAACUGAAAUGUUAAAAAUGCAUUUUCAAUUUUCAAUACCACCGUUUUUGCGGAAUGCUGAAUAUAAAAUAUGGAUGCCAUUUUACGUCAAACAAAGUGAAUCCAAAUUAAUAAUAUUCUAAUACUGUUUUGUGAUUGAAAUUCUACUCUUAGUUGCUGUACCAAUAUGUAAAUGUAAUCUAGUUCUUAUAUUUUUUUAUUUACUUAAGUUAAAUAUAUUAUUAUCUUUGUAA